CUGGCACCAACCUAUCUAAAAGAUAGGACACUGUCUGUCCUGUCAAGCUCUUGGGUUUCAUUUAUCAGUUUCGAGACGGUACUCACUAUGAAAAUCUCUAAAUUUUCCCUUGUUGGGGCUCUUUUGGCCUUCGGAGUGGAGCAAGCCUCCGCACGAACAGCUGUGAACUGUCGUGAGCCAACAACUGGGAGACAAGCCAGCGUACAAAGCAUCGAGGCUGACCGGAGCAUCCGUCUCGCUCUUGCUCAAUCUGCUUCCACUCUGAGCAAUGCGCUUGCCAGUCAAGACUAUCUCGAGAUCAAGGUUGACCCCGUAGUGCUCACUGUUACUGUAGUGGAACAUGGUGUCGAGCAUCUUGAGGACCCUGCGGUUUCGUUCCGUAGUAUACAAGAUUCGUGUGCUUCCGAUGGACAGUUCUGGGGCGGUUCAGUUCUAGCGGAUGGCUUCUUGUAUGAGAUUUACAACUCGAAUGAGUUGGUAGCUCCCAGGGCUACGAAGGUGGUUGCAAGGACAGGAAAAAACAGGAGAGCGAAGUCUACCUCAAGACCUAAUACAACUAUCAAACCGAAGACAACUCUCAGCACAAAGACAACUGCAAAUCCUACAACGACCACGAAGCCGACUAAUUCUUCCAAAUCGACCGCGAAGCCGACUAGUUCUUCCAAAUCAACUCUCCAAGCAACCCCAACUCCUACUCCAGCAUAUAUACCCAGUGUCAAGGAAAUCCAGGCCCAGUACAAUGCGGCAUAUCUCAACAAAAUAGUCUUCUGGGCCGGUCCUUACUCUUCUGUGGACGGUGACUACGGUGAGAAUGCCAAAAAGUGGGCAGCGAAGAAGAAGAAUGGUUACAGAAUCCUGGAUCAAAUUUGGAAAGAUCCAAACUGGAAUGACAAGUAUCAAGGCAAAGACGUGCCCAUGCCAGACGUGAAAGAAUUUUGGAACCGCAUGUCUGUGGCACUAGCAACAAGUUGUAAGGGGAAGGUAUACGUCAUGCUCCCGCCAGACACCAGAGGCACGGAUUGGUACAAGGGGACCAUUUGGGACACGCUUGAAUGGCCUGCACUCCAGAAAAAUAAGGCUGUCACUGAGAUUUGGAGGGUGAGUCCGGAUGGUACCGAAGAAAAACUCCGCUAG